AUGGAAGAUACAAGAAAAAUACAAAUAGCCGAAAAUAAGUUUCCUAUGUUUAUUAUGGGUGAUGAAAAUAGGUUUUUAAAAACUACAUAUUUCCAAUAUAUACAAUAUUGUGAAAGUCUUAGUGCUUCAUUUUUUAAGGGACGUUCAACAGAAGUUCAAAAUAAUAUUUUAAAAGCAAAUUUUGGAUUAACAAAUGAAGACAUACUCAGUUGGGAGAAUAGAGCCUCUCGUUACCAAAUGACUCCUCAAAGUUUCUCAUUUUUUUUACAUGUUGCUAU